AUGGGUAUGUGCCAGUCAGCCGGUGCCACGGCCGCGAAGAAACAACCCGGCAAGAAUCAGCCCAGUGUAGGCCCCACCCCCACGCUGGUGCUCCUGCGCCCAGGCAGUACGGCAGCGUCGGGCGAGGAGGACCCCAAGCUCGACUCGACCGGACUUGCGCUGGCUGAACGAGUGGGCCAUGCCAUGGUCCAUGAGCACGCCGACUUUGACGUGGUCUACUGCUCGACCCGUCGCCGCGACGUGAAGACCACCAAUGUGGUGCUCGAGGCCAUUGACCGCCUCUUUCUGCCCGUCGAAAAGGAGGCCAACCUCGUCGAGACGAACACCGCCAUCAAUGAAGCUGCCGGCCCUGUCUGGGAACUGGACAUUCGCCCCAAGCUCAAGGCCGGCCUGCGGGUGCUAGUGGUUGCAGAGCUCCCCACACUGGCCUGUUUGGUCAGCAAGGUUGAUAGCGUUCCCUCGGCCGUGGCGGCCGAUCUGGCGCUCGAGCCCGGAGCCGCCAUGGUCUACACCUUUGAUGCCGCCACGAUGACGGUGCAGCAAUACACCGAAGCACCGAAGCCUGCUGGAGAGCCGCACAGUGACGCCACAGCGGACGAGCCAUCUGAAGCGACCGCCCCAUCCCAUCCAUUUGCGGCACGCAUCAUCUCGGCGCCCGCCUGA